AUGGCCGCUCUACGGCGAAAUCAUCAAACAAACCCUUUGAAAACCAGUCAUGCUGAAACCAAGCUCUUGGCUCUAUCCUCAAGAUCGGAGAAAACAGAAAGGACUGCAAAGGUGUCUAGGGUGUCAACCAUCAGGAGGAUAUUUGAUCUGGCCAAGCGACGGACGAAAAGAUCAUCUCUUCUUCCGAAUGAGGUUAAAGUCUGUCCACAGGAGUCGAUGAAACAGGUUUUAGCCAGUCAUCAGGCUUAUUACCGAUUCAGAGUCUGCCAGGAAGCAGUAUGGGAAGCUUAUCGAACCUUUCUGGACCGGAUUCCUAACAGCGGUGAAUACCAGAGCUGGUUGAGUGCCUGCCAGCAGGAUACCUUCUGUAUAUUCGAUAUCGGAAAGAACUUCAGCAACUCUCAGGAGCACCUGGAAUUGAUUCAACAGCGAGUGAAACAGAGAAACUUCCCUGAGAGAAAAGAUGAAAAGGCUCCAGAGAAGACAUCAGGGAAAAAUCCUGAAGAAACUGGCGUGCUUCCCACAGUUUCCACAGGUAUCAUCAGCUCGUCUGCGGCUCCAUUUCCAUCUGCUCCUAAUGGCACCCUUCUCAACGAAAUCAUCGAUGAACCGAAUAUGCCUUCAAAGGAAACCGGAGUUAGGAAUGUGGUGUCAGAGGUGAUAGAGGAGCAGGUGGUAGAAUUCAGCGUCAUCCUUUCCAAUGAAGAGUUCACAGCAGCACUAGAAGAUCCGAACUCCUCACUGUACCGGGACCUCACGGAAAAACUACAACUCCAGAUGCAAAUAAUAUUUGAAAAACUUCCAGGUUUCAAAGAAAUUCGUGUGAUGGGAUUUAGACAGAAGAAGGAAAGAGAUGGUCGGAGCAGCACGGUCGUGCGCCACGCAGUGAUCUUUGCAAGGGAGAGCUCGCAAAGAGGGCAGAUCGGAAAGGAUCCCACGCCCAUUGGCUCCAACCAAGUGGAAAGCGAAAGGAGUCCCCCUGGGGUCAAGGAGGACGACGAGGUCCCGGUCAUUAAGCUCACGGAGGCGGAUCUCCAGCAGCUGAUCACCAUGGCGUUAGAGGAAGAAAAGACUCAGACGCUGGAUUUGGGAACAGUUGAGUUUAUCGAAGAAACUGAGAAAGCAUCCAAGAUCUUGGAAGAGGAUAUCCCGUCGGUGAUGCCUGGUACUUCUGCUAUCCCCAAACUGGAAAUUCCCACUUCUGGGUUGGUUGAACCAACGGGGCCCAGUUUCACCACAAUCACCUCAGGGCUAGGAGGCGACAUCUACCUCGCAGAGGCCAAUUUUGAGGUUCCCCCCAAGACAGCUGACCACGCUGUCAUUGUGGCAACCCAGGAUCCCUCCGGACCGGCUCUUCCAGGUGAAGCUGCAAGUUCUCUCCCUCAAGAUCAGCAGUCGGCGCCUCCUCUAGAGCUGCUCAUUGGGAAGGAAACCGGAGGAGAGCAUGCUUCCCCUGAGCUGCGUCUUACAGCAGCGUCUGGCCCCAGUGGGAUCACCGGCAUGCCUCUCUGGGAAGACGAGAAAAACACGGUGGAAAACAAAGUAUUCUCCACAGCUAGGACCACGCUGGACGCAGGACAAGCGGUGACCAUCCCGGGCUCUGAUCGUUCCGUCGGUGCUCCAUCGGCUUUGGGAAUCCCAACUAACAACGAGCCUACCGCAGACGGCAGCAUUUCCAUAGUGACCGCGGAUGUCUCAGGAGAGGUCGAGGUGGCCGACGCCAGCUCAGAGGAUGGGUUCGGGGAAUUCAAGUAUACUGCCUCACCGGGCACGUAUUUAGCGGAGAUCACACCUGCACCGGCUUUGAAAUAUCUAACCGCCAGCUCCGCGACCACGGCAAUCAAAGGCAAGGAACUCGUGGUAUUCUUCAGCCUGCGUGUCACCAACGUGCCCUUUUCCAACGAUCUCUUCGAUAGGAGUUCUGAAGAAUAUCGAAACUUGGAACAACAAUUCAUUCAGCUGCUGCUCCCGUAUCUCCAAUCCAACCUGACCGGAUUUAAGCAACUAGAAAUCCUCAACUUCAGGAACGGAAGUGUGAUUGUGAACAGCAAACUGAGGUUCGCUCAGUCGGUGUCGUACAACGUCACCGAGGCCGUGCACUGCGUUCUGGAAGACUUUUGCUCCGCGGCCACACGGCACCUCAACCUGGAAAUAGAUAGCUAUUCUCUGGAUAUUGAGCCAGGGGAUCAGGCGGAUCCAUGCAAAUUCCUGGCAUGCGAUGAAUUUUCUCAAUGCGUGAAGAACGAAUGGACGACGGAGGCGGGUUGCCUUUGCAAACCCGGUUACGUGAGUCGAGACGGACUCCCCUGCCAGAGUCUGUGCGAGAUGGACCCCGGCCUGUGCGCCAACGGUGGAAAAUGUGAAUUAGUUCCGGGGAAGGGGGCCGUCUGCAGGUCCCCAGAUGAUUCUACCAAAUCCACCAGGAGAAGUUAGUGUCAGAAAUUCAGUAUUUUCAGCACUAACAAGAAGUCAUCAAGGUUUUCAGAAAAACAACCGUAGUAUUUCAGAAAUAGCAUGAGUUCCCAGCCACGAAUCAGCUGGGCUAAGGAUAGGAGAGAUGAAGAAGGCCUUGCGGUUUUAGGAAAAGUGUUUCCCGCUCCACCACGAUGAUGAACAAAGAAUACAAGUCUUCUUGCUAAGGGCUUCCUGAAAUUCAGACGGCAGUCUGCGUUUCAUUCUCCAUCUUAACUGCUUGGCUGAUGGGCUGACGGAGCUUGGACAGGCCAGAACAAAAUCUUUGUAAUUUAGCGUAAACAUUGAGAUGAGACUCUAAUUACAGAAUUAGAAAAUAGGCGCGUUAUUCGGUUCAUUAUUAGGACAUCCGCAUUUUUACCAACACCAUAAGUACGCAUUGGGAAUUAGUUUCCCAAUCAAAGAUUAAAGUUCAAGCAAUCCUUUCUACCAUUAACAUUAGAUGUGUUAGCUAAGAUUCGGGAUGCUUAUUAAAAAUAAAAGCCAACGGAACGAUCCUGACCUUUAUUUGUCCUGUUUGUGUUCAUUUUAAUGCUGCAGUAUUUUCUAAAGCAUAAUUUGCCCGAAAGGUAGAAGACCUACUGUAUUUAAAUGUCAUUUUGCAGUACAUUUCUUUUUUUCCAUCAGAAA